AUGCAAGAUGUAAAAACAGUAAAGAGAGGGUUGUACCUCAAACGUCUUGAUCGAUUUCUUGAACAAACAAAAUGGGCAUUAAAUUCACAAAAAUUGUAUUAUAAACAAAUGAUAUAUAAAGUUGAAAGUAUUAUUGAUAUAUUAGAAAAAUUUCUUCAAUCAGUAAAACAACAUCAAAAAUAUAUACAAAGUGCAUCAAUUUUUAUUCCACAAUGUAAUUCACAAUUAAUUAAAUUAAAUCAAUUUAUUAAAGAAAUAUAUAAACGAUAUUAUGAAAUAGAAGCUGAUUUAUUUGAAUAUGAAUGUACAUAUAAUACUUUUCAUUCUCAACAAUUUCAAUAUAAAACAAAAACAUUUGAAUGUAUCGUAACAAAUCAUUGUAAUGAAGAAAUUAUAACAAAAAAAUAUGAAUUUGAUUUACCUGAUAUUCCAGUGUCACUUCAAACUUUGACAGAUUUUCCAUUAACAAAAGAUUAUUUAUUAUCAAAUCCAAAUGAUUUAAUUAAACAUCAAAUAGAAAAACAAAUUAAUGAAUAUUUUGAACCACAACUUAAUUUUGUUAAAAUAAUUUCAACUUCAAGAUAUAUUGUAGGUGAUCAAGCAAAUCAUACUGUUAAAAUGAUUGAAUUUGAUAGAUCUCAGAAUCCUGAAAUAAUAAGAAGUUGUGGUAAUUUAAUUGAUAAUCAUAUUGCUUGUGAUAUUGCAAUUUGUCAUGAUAAAUAUUAUAGUGCAGAUAAAGGAAGUAAUACUAUUUCUUAUUAUGAUUCAAAUCUUAAAAGAACAUUAGACUUUGGUGGGUUUGGUAGUGAAAGUGGUAAAUUUAAUGAACCAACGAGUAUUGAAAUUAAAAAGAAUAGAUUAUUUGUUUGUGAUAGUUUAAAUCAUAGAAUUCAACAAUUUGAUCUUCAAGGAAGAUAUGAAAAAUCAAUUACAGAAAAUACUUUAUAUCCUUCUUGUGUUAGAAUGAAUUAUAAAGAUCAAUUACUUAUUGUAGAUGAAUGGAAAAGUAAUGUUAUUAUUAUUGACGCUAAAACUGGAAAAGAAGUUGAUGUCUUAGGAAAUAAAAAAGAAGAAGAUAAGUUCCUUCGCCCUACACAUUUGGCUUGUUUUAAUGAUGAAGUUUAUGUUAGUGAUACGGGUAAUGGUAGAAUACUUCAAUUUAAAAAUAAUCAAUAUUCUGGUCAACUAAAACUAAAAGAUAUAGGAAUAGAUGGUAAUCCUUUAGGAAUUGAUGCUUUUGAAGGAGAAAUAGCAUUUACUGUUGUUGGAAAUAACCAAGUCUUCUUUAUAAAAAUAAGUUGCUUUGAAACAAAAUAA